AUGUCGUGGUCAGGAGACUUUGAAUCACUCAAACGGUUUGUCAAAGAGUUGUUAAACAUCGUCGGGACAUGGUCCUCGCCUGGCGGAGAAAAAGUUAUUCUCAAGCAGUGAUGUUAACAUACAAUGGUGGAAAAAAAAGAAAUUUUUAGCUGUCGACGGUCCAGAGGCAAGUAAAGUUAUUCGUUGUCUUUUAAAUUUUAUCGAUAGUUCGUUCGCAGAACAGUGCUCCGAUAACAUUGAAGUUUCGUCUGACAAAUGCCAGUGUACCGGGGUGGAAAUGGAAGGUGUAAAGUUAGAUAUCGUAAUUUUAGAAGCUAAAUUUAAUAAACAAUCGGACGCACUUGAAAAAUUACACAACGAGAUGGCCAGUCUUAUUUCUAAGCCUAAGGCCGCUCAUUUGGGCGAAUCGUUUACUGAAUCCACACAGAAUGGGGAAGAUAUUCCCACAGAGUGUCUUCAAAAUGACAAGAUUCAGCAUUUAGAAGCAGACAUUGCUAUCUUAGUCAGAGGACGAAAUUUCGAGGUAAAUGAAUUAAAUAAUAUUAUUGACACUCUUAACAAAAAGAGUGAACUAAUUGAAGCAUCAAAUGUGGCCCUUAAACAUGAAAUUGUUGGCUUAAAAAUGCUAAAGUCAUCAAACCAUUGUAAUAUGGGUAAUUGGAACAGUGAACAAUGCGAUCACCAAAGUCUAGAUCUCAUUAAUCAAGGGACCAAACAAAAACAAAUGCAAAAAUAUGGUAAUCGUUGCCUAAAUGAUAAGGCACCCGUGCAUGAAGUCUCUAUGGUCUCACUUGAAAUUGCCAAUGAACACGUAUCUGAAGCGGAACAGCAUAACAUUACGAAUAAUUUACCAACUACUAUUACAGACAAUAGUGCCAUUAUAAUAGCUGAUGAAUGUGCAUCUGAAGUGGAUAAGCAUAACAUUACGAAUAACGUGCCAGCUACCUCAGUAAAUAACACCAUUAUAAUGGCUGAUGAACGAAAAUGGCUUGGUCAACUCCCUUUGAUUGAAGCACCUAAUAACACUACGAAUAAUUUACCAACUACUAUUACAGACAAUAGUACCAUUAUAAUAGCUGAUGAAUGUGUAUCUGAA